CGCUGUUUGGCUGAGCCGCUGAGCCGUCGAGUAUGUCAAGUGCUAUGAGCCACGUGCUGCUGUCCUUUUAAAAUUUGUUCACAGCUCAAUGUAUAUGUUGUCAAGUAUUUUGGUGGCAGCAGGCUGACACUCCAUGUAUUCGAUGGACAUUAACAACCUCUUGAAGUGCACCAGCAUGGAGCAGAUGUACUUUGACCUGCUGUCAGGACCCCUCCUCGAAGACGAUGACGAGGAGCUUUUCGGCAGCCUGCUGGAGGGUGACCUGCCCUUUGACCUCCUCAGUGCCGUGGAGGACAUGGACACGGAGAUGGUACUUGAUACAGAGGGGCUCCCGGAAAUAGAUUCUGCGGAGGAGGAAGUGGACGUGGUCUCUAUUGACGACGACAAAACCAGUGUGGCCAAUGGGCUGCCGCCUUCACAAGAAACUGAGACGGAGCAGCCUUCUACCCCCAAGACGCCCAAGAAACUUCCAGAGGAUGCACCCGUGGUUUCAAGUUCAUUACUGGACCGCAUGAAGGCAGCCUCCACCAAGAAGAAAGGGCCGAUCCUGAUCCAGCCUCCCGAUCGGGGCCGUCCCGUUACCAAGAGUGACGCCAUGGUCCAGGCGUCUUGCCCCGCCGCAACUCCGGACCACGACUACUGCACCGGAUCGACGACAGACAGGGGCGACCGCAAGGCACAAGACGCCGACCAGGAGCAAGCAAACAAAAAGGAGCGCACUGUUCAAUGGCCAGCGUCGCGCUCGCCCUCGCCGCCCAAGCGAUGUCGCUCCCCGCACAGGCGGAGCGUGUCUCGCAUUUCCAUGCGCUCGUCCUGGAGCCGGGGCUCGCGAUCGUCGUCCCCUACGUCGAGGAGUUCCUCGUGUGGAUCGUCGGACGGCUCAGUGCGCCGGUGCUCCAGGCCGCGUCGGAAAUCGAGGGACUCUAGGGAUUCAAGGAAUUCAAGGAGGCCCCAUCGGCGGCACAGGGAGCCACGGAGGAUGCUGCCGUCGCCACCGCGGAGAAGGGUUCCUGACGGACAGAAGGAAGAAAGGAGAGUCAUCUAUGUUGGCAAUAUCCCUGAAGGAACUACGCGUACGGACCUGCGCCAGAGGUUUGCACAGUUUGGCAAUAUUGAAGAAGUCAGUGUGCACUUCAGAGAUCGUGGGGACAACUACGGCUUUGUGACAUUUAUGCAGAGCAGAGACGCAUACGAGGCUGUAGAACAUGGGAACGACGACCCCAAGCUUCCACGCUUUGACCUCUGCUUUGGCGGCCGGCGCCAGUUUUGCCGGACGAAUUGGGCUGACCUCGACUCUCAGUACGAGAGGUACUAUUACAUCCAGCGGCAGCCACGGGUCGACAACAUAGACUUCGAUAGCUUGCUUCAAGCGGCCAAGACUCAAGCUCGGAGUCAUCGGUACUGACAUCGGUGGAACUUAUGCUCUUCUAUGUUUCACCAUGACCUCCCUCGCGUGUGCUUGGUCACUGCACAACGUGCGCUGGCACAUCUUGACUUGUUUUUUCAAGUUGAGGUGCGGUGGAGUCAUAGGUGUUUAUUUAAGUUGUAUAGUACUAUUCAAAGGGCAAGGAACAUGUACAUAGUUGGGUCUUUUGUGUCAGUUUGGGCGGCGCUUACAUUGAAUGUUGUGGGCAGGGUGCAAAUGGGGCUUGUGUGUUUAUGUUGGACAAGGUAAUCAUCCCCUUCCUUUUAUUUUAUUUUGUUUACAUCCCACUGUUUUUGUUGUGCUGAUGGAACUUUUUUUUAUCCUAUUUUGGUUUUGUAUUGAGAUGAAAUUUAUCUGGGAUUUUCCCACCCAUGUUUUCUAAUUGUGUACUGUGCUGUUUUGUACAUAGCCAUGUAAUAUAGUGCAUUGCUGGUCUGUAAACAGCACUUGACAUAAUGACUCGCCAUGGUGCCACGUUUUUUGUGCCACAUCUAGGUUUUUAUUUUCUUACGGACAAUUGUUAGAUCUACACUUUUUGGAGGGUGCUUAUGCAUCUAUUUUUGUGCUAGGACUUUGCUGUCAAUUUACUAUAGUAUUUCUUGUGAAUUGAUGACAAGGGCUUUUGAUCUACUUCGCAUGCCAUGACGUGUGCCGGUAAUAGUAACCAGUAAAAACCUGUGUUUCACAGUUGCGUAAAAUGGGACAGCCACAGCUCUUUGUGGCUAUUGUAUCAGUGCCAGUGUGAGAUGUAAAUUCGUAUUCCAUUAUUGAUCAGUUCAUUUUUGUCACAUAUAUAUAUAUAUAUAUAUAUUGGUAUACAGAAUUCGAUGCCUUGCUCCCAUUUAAAGAGAUGAGCAUCAGCAUAAUAAAAAUUAACAUCAAUUUUGAAUAAAGUGUCAAAAUUUGGGAUGCUCAAGACUGUCUGGCUGAUGUUUCUCUUACAUGCUUAGUUCGCACUCUGCUGACUGAAGAACAUGGCAAAAGAAACUAAGCAUGUGUUUGAUUUCCAAGCAUUCGUUUGUCUUCCGUCUGACUAGAGUCACUGGUGGCUAUAGUCUUAUGAUGGUGCGCUUGUUUUGUGAUUUGUUCUUCGGCAAUCUUAUUGAGUAAUGUCACAGUCGCGUUGGCUGUGGCGCUAUAACAGGGUUAUCAGACAUGCCUGGCCCUGCCUGCAGUCCAACUAUAGUUUGGGUCUUCUGGUGACCAGUGGUGCCACCUUUUCUGCAUGUGCUGUCAACCAGAGUCUAGAGUAUUUGGAACGUGGAGGUAGGAAGCUUCUGGAGGCAACAUGAUGCCAUAGAGUUGGAGCCAGAAGUGUGGAGUGGCACGCCUCCCAACGAUGACCAAAACAGCUGUGGUUUUGGUCAUCGCUGGGGCCUUGAACCCCUCCAUACUUUGGCUUCACCACUGGUGGCAUUAAGUCACCUCCAGAAACUUCCUACCUCCAUGAUUUGGAAAGCCACUUUUAGGGGCACCUGGAGAUCUAUAAUCGAGGGAACCCAGUUCAGCAACCAGUCUAUGUGCUAAUGGACAAUGUUUCCAGCUUUGUGGUUUGAGCUUAUAUGUGCUUGCCCUUGGGUGGCUUCAUUUGCUCUUUGGAAAAUGUUUGCUUCAUUCUGGCACCAGAACACUCGAGUCGUACCGAGUAGACAAUCACAGUGACAUUUGACAAUUAGCACAUACCUAGCUGCUAUUUACAAUUGCCGACGGAACACAACGUGAACAAAGUUGCUUUGCAUUAAAGCCUCCAAUUUGCACCAA